GACUCGUCCCCAAGCCUCAUCUUGAAUCCACUCGACAUCUCCGCGACUGCAGUUCACAUCGGAACCAUUGAGAUCAUCUGGCUUAAUACAUUGACUUGAUCACAGAUCAUCAUGAGCGGCCUCGACGUGGAGGCGCUUCUCGACGCCACAGCAAAGUCACCAGAACAAAAGAACCCCAACAACACCACGGGCGAUCUCAUCAGAGACGCGCCCGAUCGACGCGACCGCGACCACGACAGAGACCGCCUUCGUCACCGCGACGGAAGCCGGACCCGCGAGAGGGAUCCUCGCCGUCGGGAUCGCCUGAGCCCGCACCGCAGCCGUCGCGGUACCCCUGACGUUGGCACGCCGCGAAGUGAUACAGGCAGCCACAAGAGUAGGCGCAGAAGUCGCAGCCGUGACGACGAUCGCCAUCGCUCACGACGGAGUAGAGACGGUGAUUACUAUCGUAGUGGCCGAGACCGUGAUCGCUCGCGGUCCCGCUCGCCCCAUGGCCGUUACAGACCCCGCGACGACCGUGACCGAAGAGACAGACGUGACAGAGGCUCUGAUCGCAACGAGAACGGCCGAGCGCGCGACGCUGAGAAGCGUGAGCCUAGGGAGGAUGAUCCCGUACAGCCCACAGAAGACGAGCGUGAUCGGAGGACCGUCUUCGUCCAGCAGCUGGCCGCUCGCUUGCGUACCCGCGAGCUGAAGGAGUUUUUCGAAAAGGUUGGCCCUGUCAACGAGGCGCAGAUCGUCAAGGAUCGGAUCAGUCAGCGAUCAAAAGGUGUGGGUUAUGUUGAGUUCAAGAACGAAGAAUCUGUCGCACAGGCUCUGCAGCUCACCGGUCAGAAGCUUCUAGGAAUCCCUGUCAUCGUUCAGGUUACCGAAGCAGAGAAGAACCGCCAGGCCCGCAACACGGAGAGCGGAGGGCAUCCGAACUCGAUCCCAUUCCAUCGGCUUUAUGUGGGCAACAUUCACUUUAAUGUCACCGAGCAGGACCUACAAGCAGUCUUUGAGCCUUUUGGUGAGCUUGAAUUCGUCCAGCUCCAGAAGGACGAGACAGGCCGAAGCCGUGGGUAUGGUUUUGUACAGUUCCGUGACGCCGUUCAGGCCCGGGAGGCACUCGAGAAGAUGAACGGCUUUGAUCUGGCUGGACGUCCUAUCCGCGUUGGUCUUGGAAAUGAUAAGUUCACCCCUGAAAGUACUGCCAACCUCUUGCAGAAGUUCUCUGGCCGCGAUCAGAGCGGUGGUGGCGGCGGCGGCGGCAACGGAAACUACCAGGGCUCGGCCUUUUCAGGCUCUGGCGGUCGUGGGGGCCAAAGUGCUGCCUUCGACCGUGCAGGUGGGCGCGAAAACGAGAAGACCGGCGGCGCAAGCGCCUUGGACGAUACAGAUGUCGCCGGUGUUAACUUUAGCAACUACAGCCGAGACGCGCUGAUGCGUAAGCUUGCCAGGACUGACGAGGCUGGCAGCAAGGGCAACGAUGAGCGCCAGACUGUGAAGCCAAAGGUCGAGACGAAGCAGUUGCCCGUCAACGUCAACACGGCGAGCCGUUGUGUUGUACUUCACAACAUGUUUGACCCCAAUGAGGAAGAGGGCGACAGCUGGGUCAAGGAGCUGGAAGAUGAAGUGCGCGACGAGGCCGAGAAUCGGUACGGUCAUGUUGUGCACAUUUCGGUCGACCCCAACUCUCGGGGAGACAUCUACCUCAAGUUCGACAAGGUCCAGGGCGGUGAAAAUGCCAUCAAAGGUCUCAACGGCAGAUACUUUGGCGGGCGUAUGAUCGACGCUUCCCCUGUUGUGGAUGCUGUCUACAGCAGUCUGUUCUCUCGUUCUCGAGCAUUUUGAGCUAAUGUUGCUGGCCGAUCACCGUCAGAUCGUAGGACUCUUGCUCAAGACUUUCGACCUCCCCAUUCGACAAGACAGUCACCGGGACGCACCCACUAUUUGCAAAGCACCGCCUCGAACUUGCAAGCAGAAGGUAUCCAGAUGUUCGCUCACAGCUGCACUCGCGCCAGAAAGGGGGCCCAUGUUUAUCGGAGGAAUCAACUCACAGGUUACGCCCGUACUGCUACUGUCGCCUACUACUGAUACGCACACAUUAGGAUGCUUCACGACUUGCCGAUGGGGCAAAUGCUUAUACGUCAAUAGUUGUUUCCGCCCGAGAGUGGCGCUCCUGUUCUAGUAAUACUCCAAUUAGUCAAACUUCUCUCCAA